CUGGUUCUGAGUCCGAGCCCGAGUCCCAGGCCAUCACACCAACAAACAUCCAGCACAAGAAUACCAUUAAUGUUGACUCAAGAAAGAGAAGAGAUGGCAGAGGCCGAGACACCGCUCUACGCCAAGAUCUUGAACAAGUACAAAAACAGAACGACCCAGUCCUUACUGGAGCCUCUUUUGGCCGCUGAGUUCCCUGUACACACAGCGCUAAAAGCUUUGGCAGCCACUGGGCAAAAGACAGCAGAAGAUGCCGCAAAGUGGUUGCAUUCUCACUGCAAUGAUCCCUCACUGGAAGACCCAAUUCCUCAGGAAUAUGCCCUCUUGUGCCCGACGGGUGCUUUGAAUGACACACUGAUGGAAUUUUGGAAAGAAAGCAAAAACCAAUGUGGGAAAAACAAAGCCCAUGAAGUUUUCCCACACAUCACACUUUCUGAAUUCUUUACGUGUGAAGACCAAAAAGUUGAUGGCUUGUACGAAGCCUUGAAAAGAGCAGGCGACAGGUUUUCUGGUUACUUCCCGGCAAUCAUUUCCUUAUCACUACACUCCUCCAGCACCUACAUUGGCUUCUUCAUUAGCGACAGCCCUGCAAAUGUCCUCAAGUCGUUUGCUGCAGCUUUUGCUUCAGAGGCUAUCGUCUUAGCAGAUUGCUGUGUAAAACCUUCAACAAAGCAGCUCCAUCUUACAUUGGCCAACAAAUUUUACCCUCACCAUCAAAAGACUUUGGAACAACUGGCAAAGUCAGUCAAUUCUAAGCAAAGCUGCCAGUGGACAGCAGUUCUGUAUUCCAGAGAUAUGCGCUUUUACAUUACCAGGUGUGUACACUACAAGAUACUGAGGGAUCUUUUGAGGGCCCUGUUCCAGUAUAAGCCUCAGAACAUUGAUGAACUGAUGCUGAGUGUUGGGGAUCUGGUUUAUUGUGACCGGGCAAAGCAAACAGAAGUUUGUGAAGGUUGGGUGAUUGGCAUCCCCCACAGAACUGGGUGCCGGGGAUUUGUUCGAAAUUACACAGAAAAAGCCAAUGAGUCAGAUACCUGGGUCCAAUACAGAGAAUAUAUGUUCACUCUGCAUUCUAAGAAUAAAAAUGAGUCUUGCAAUAAACUGAAAAACCCAAAUCCUUUGCUAAGAAAUGCAGCAGAGUUGAAAUGCAAUUUCUUCCAGCUCCCUGGGAAAAGCACAGUCCCAAAACGCCUCUUGAUUAUUCGCCACGGAGAAAGGGUAGAUCAAGUGUUUGGGAAGUCUUGGCUCCAGCAGUGUUUUGAUGCAGAUGGAAAAUAUCAUCGAGCUGACCUCAAUUACCCCACCAGUCUACCAAAUCGAAAAGAUAGCAUCAAGAACUUUGAAUAUGAUCCUCCUUUAUCAUGUUGUGGUAUUUUCCAGUCUAGACUAAUAGGAGAAGCCCUGCUCGAGAAGGAAGUGGUAGUUAGCUGUGUCUACUCUUCCCCAGCACUACGCUGUAUCCAAACUUCUCAAUAUGUAUUAGAAGGGCUUCAACUGGAACAAAAAGCCAAGAUUUGUAUAGAACCUGGACUCUUUGAAUGGACUAAAUGGGAGAUAAGCACAGCUGUUCCCUCUUUUAUGACACAGAGAGAAUUGACAGAGGCCAAUUACAGUAUAGAUACCACAUACAAGUGUCAUUUUCCUCUUUCUUCUCUGAUGGCAUCCGAAGGCUAUGAAGACUAUGUGAACAGAUGCUCUGCAAGUAUAAAACAGAUUGUUGGCUCCUGUGCAACCGAAGGCACCAUCCUGGUUGUUGGCCAUGGCUCAUCUCUAGAUUCCCUCACUCGACCAUUACUGGGUCUUCCUGCCAGAGAGAGUGGUGACUUUCCCCAGUUCAUUCGAAAGAUUCCUUCGCUGGGCAUGUGUUUCUGUGAAGAGCUUAAAGAAGAGAAGAAAUGGCAAAUGAUUAAGCCACCAGUCAAGAUGUUAACCCAUGGAGCAAAUGCUGCAUUCAGUUGGAAGCACAUCCUUCCUGAUCAUUAAGCAAUGUUCACUCACUCUAAUUGUGGAUUUGUAUUUUUUCUGAUUCAACAGAAUCUCGCUGUUAUUUCAAAACCUUGCUCUGCAGGCUGUUUCUUGGUCAUAGCCAAAUAAUGGAAUGGAACUUGGGAAUGGGCUUUUACAUUUUACAUAAAAUACGUUUAUGGUUUUUUUUGUUUUGUUUCCGUCUUUCUUGAACCGAGAAAUAAAAUCUACACAUUUCACUUUUAACUGCAUUUCUACUGUAAUAUAGAGGAGUGGAAUUUCCUCUGAUUCCCACACUUGCUUCCAUCAAAUAACUGCAGCAGUAAUUAGAUACGGGAACUGUUAAAUGCCUUACAGUUCUUUUUAUGAAGCAAGAAUAAAAGUAUUGCUUUUGCUGUUGCAAAAACUGUACAUUGUUGAUAAUAUCAAGUUCACAUUUCAGUUCCAUAUCUGCAAGUGAUUUCCUGAGCUGGCAUUUGUGUGAUAAAAUCAUGAU